GGCACUUCUAAUCAGCAGCGGAAAAACAACAUUUCAAAAAAAUUACACUUUAUAGAUUCAAGAACAGCAUUCAUAUAAAUCGGAAGAACAUAAUUCUCAAUUCGAAAAACAGUCCAUUAGCUUCAAGAACCAGAUUUAGCAGCAGAAAUUAACUCGCAAAACCAAUCAAAAGGCAGCCUUUCAAAGCAUCAGCAGCAACAGCGGCGGCAGACGGCGGCAGGUUUCCGAUGAAAUUUGAAGUUGCCGGCAGUGUCUUCCGGUCGGCAUUGUUUUCAACAUGGUGACUUAAAGCAGUAUUUAACGGCAGCAGCGGCUAAUUUCAGCGGUUAACAGCCGAAAUUCAAUUUAAAAAAGACAACAGUAGCCAAACAAAAAGGGGAAAUUGAUUCAGCUUCUGCUGCUAUUUGAAAAAAAGCAAGAGAGGAUGGAAACAGUUUCGACUUCGUCGUCGUCGUGUCCAUCAACUCCUCGUUGGAAUGUCGAGAGGCCUUUCCUCACCGGUCGUUUCCAUCUUCUACAGGAGACGAAAGGAACCUCCUCAAGGCUUGCUGCUGAUACCAAAGGAUUUUCCUUUAGCAGCUCUAGACUGGAGAACGCCAUUGGCUGUUACGAUGCUGCUGUCCAGGAACUUAUCGUCAUUGAUGAUCUCAUGUCUGCUUUGGUUGGAAUUGAAGGGCGGUAUAUUUCUAUCAAGCAAGUUCAUGGAAACGAUGGCGAUGAUAUUACUUUCCAGGUUGAUGCUUCCAUGGAUUUGGCUUUGCAGGAAUUGGCUAAACGAAUAUUUCCUUUAUGUAAGAGCUAUCUGUUGGUUGACCAAUUUGUUGAGACAAGGUCGCAAUUCAAGAAUGGCGUAGUCAACCAUGCCUUUGCUGCCGCGCUCAGGGCGCUUCUUCUUGAUUAUCAAGCUAUGGUGGCCCAGCUUGAACACCAAUUUCGACUUGGAAGACUUUCCAUACAAGGAUUGUGGUUUUAUUGUCAGCCCAUGAUGAGUUCCAUGCAAGCAUUAUCUAUUGUGGUAAAGAAAGCUUCAGCAAAUAAUUUUACCGGUUCCGCUGUCCUUAAUCUUCUACAAGGCCAGGCUAAGGCCAUGGCUGGUGAUAAUGCAGUGAGAUCCUUGCUAGAGAAGAUGACGCAAAGUGCAAGCAAUGCAUACCUUAACAUACUAGAGAGGUGGGUCUAUGAAGGAAUCAUUGAUGAUCCCUAUGGUGAAUUUUUUAUUGCUGAGAACAAAUAUCUUCAAAAGGAGAGCCUUACACAAGAUUAUGAUGCUAAGUAUUGGAGGCAACGUUACAGCCUUAAAGAAGGGAUUCCUAGCUUCCUUGCAAACUUUGCUGGAACAAUUUUGACUACAGGGAAAUACCUGAAUGUGAUGCGAGAAUGUGGGCACAAUGUUCAGGUUCCUCCCUCGGAAAAUUCCAAAUUGAUGAGCUUUGGCUCAAACCAUCAUUAUCUUGAUUGUGUUAAGACUGCUUAUGAUUUUGCCAGCAGCGAGCUCUUAAAUCUCAUUAAACAAAAAUAUGACCUCAUGGGAAAGCUGCAUUCUAUAAAGCACUAUCUUCUUCUUGAUCAGGGUGACUUUUUGGUUCAUUUCAUGGAUAUAGCUCGAGAUGAGCUUGCAAAAAAGCUUGAUGAGAUUUCAGUGGAGAAAUUACAGUCCCUGUUAGACCUUGCCUUGCGUACUACAGCGGCUGCUGUAGAUCCAUGUCAUGAGGACUUGACAUGUUGUGUGGAAAGAUCUUCUCUGCUUAAAUCUUUAGGCGUCCUGAAAGAUCUUGAAACAAGAGCUUUUUCUGAUAACAAGGAUAUAGAGGAGACAAUUAGCAUUACUGGUCUUGAGACAUUUUCUUUGAGUUACAAGAUCCAAUGGCCAAUGUCUAUUGUUAUCUCAAGAAAAGCCUUAACGAAAUACCAGUUGAUCUUCCGCUUUCUUUUCCACUGUAAAUAUGUGGAUCGUCAGCUGUGCGGGGCUUGGCAAGUGCACCAAGGAGUUCGAGCCCUUAACAUGCGAGGAACUGCCAUCACUAGAUCAGCUCUGCUUUGUCGUAGCAUGCUAAAAUUCAUUAAUAGCUUUCUACACUAUCUAACAUUUGAGGUUCUUGAACCUAAUUGGCAUCUGAUGUCUAAAAGACUACAGACUGCAAAAAGCAUAGACGAGGUUAUUCAAAUUCAUGAUAUGUUCCUUGAUAAAUGUCUCAGAGAAUGUUUGCUUCUUUCACCUGAACUACUCAAGAAGGUGGAGAGGCUGAAAUCUAUGUGCCUGCAAUAUGCAGCUGCUACACAGUGGUUGAUUUCAUCUUCUAUUGAUAUUCCAAAGCUAGAGGAAACUUCUGAUGUCUCAUCUGGGUCAGACAAGUCUAGGCAAUCGACAUCAUCUCGAGCAUUGAAGAUAGGAACUCGAGAUGCAACUGUUACAGAGUCAAUACUCAACUUUGAAAGAGAAUUCAACUCCGAGCUUCAAAGGCUCAGACCAAUCCUGAGCAGUAAUUCCCAAGCAGAACCAUAUUUAACUCAUCUCGCACAGUGGAUCCUCGGCGUACAAAAUGAUUAGUAAAUUUGCGUAGUCUAUCUAUAGCUUUAACAUUUGCGAGUGUUGUUGAUAUAGCAGGUUCGCCUAUAGCAAACUGAAUCGUUGAUCUUUGUUUUCCGAGUGUUUGCCAAAUUUGUAAUACAGUCUGUUUGUGU